GAUGUCAACAUGCCUUACUGAAGGCAACGCCCUUCUCUUAAUGCGGUUACUUUCCCGCCAGUGCUUCUCAAGACCCAAACAAAUUUCUACUCUUGCAAAAUCCACAAAACUCAACCAACAAUGCUGCAUUUCUCUUCUUCGACACUGCAAAACAAUGAACCAACUUAAACAAAUCCAGGCCCAGAUUUUCCGGGGCGGCCUUCAUCAAAGCACAGACACUCUGAAGAAGCUCAUGGUUUUUUGUGCAGACCCAUCUAAUGGAAGCUUGGUUCAUGCUGAAAGAAUCUUCAAUUAUAUUGAAAACCCAGGUUUAUUUGUUUAUAAUAUUAUGAUUAAAGCCUUUGCAAAGAAGGGUAUCUUUAGAAAAUGUUUAAUGUUGUUCAAUAAAUUGAGGGAGGAUGGUCUGUGGCCUGAUAAUUUUACUUACCCUUUUGUUUUGAAGGCGAUUGGGUGCUUAGGAGAGGUUUUAGAAGCUGAAAAACUUCAUGGAUUUGUGAUGAAAACCGGGCUUGAAUCUGAUACUUAUGUGUGUAACUCACUCAUUGAUAUGUGUGCUGAAUUGGGUCAAGUCGAUGUUAUGAGGAAGUUGUUUGAUGAAAUGCCUGAGAGAGAUGUGGUUUCUUGGAAUGUGUUGAUUUCCGGGUAUGUCAAGCGUAGAAGAUUUGAGGAUGCUAUUGAUGUUUUUUGUUGUAUGAGAGAAGAGAGUUAUUUGAGGCCUAAUGAGCCGACGGUGGUGAGCACUCUUUCAGCUUGUGCGGCAUUGAAGUGCUUGGAACUCGGCAAGGAAAUUCAUUGUUAUGUAAGGGAUAGACUUGAACUCACUUCUAUUAUUGGCAGUGCAUUAUUGGACAUGUACUGUAAGUGUGGUUGUUUGAGUGUAGCCCGAAAAAUAUUUGACGAGAUGCCUCAUAAAAAUGUUAUUUGUUGGACUAGUAUGGUGUCAGGUUAUGUAAACUAUGGUGAGCUGGAUAAGGCUAGACAGUUGUUUGAGAGGAGUCCAGUUAAGGACGUUGUUCUUUGGACGGCGAUGAUUAAUGGGUAUGUGCAGUUUAAUCAUUUUGACGAGGCAGUGGCCCUGUUUCAAGAAAUGCAAAUCCAAAGGGUUAAGCCAGAUAAGUUCGUACUGGUUGCUCUUCUCACAGGUUGUGCUCAAAUGGGAGCUCUUGAGCAGGGGACUUGGAUUCAUGGAUACAUAGACGAGAAAGGAAUUCCAGUUGAUGCAGUUGUUGGAACUUCUCUUAUAGAAAUGUAUUCCAAAUGUGGGUGCAUUGAAAAAGCUUUGAGGAUUUUCUGUGGGUUGAGAGAAAAAGAUACAGCUACAUGGACUUCAAUUAUAUGCGGGCUUGCUAUGAAUGGGAAAACAAGCAAGGCACUUGAAUUGUUCUCAAAAAUGAAACAAGUCGAGGCCAUACCUGAUGAAGUUACCUUCAUUGGUGUUUUAAGUGCAUGCAGCCAUGGAGGACUGGUCGAAGAAGGCCGUGAGUUCUUUAAUUCCAUGUCAAGUAUUUAUAAUAUUGAGCCUAAGUUAGAGCACUAUGGGUGUCUGAUUGACUUACUUGGUCGAGCUGGACAAUUGGAUGAAGCAGAAGAGUUGAUAAAAAAAAUAGUGAACGCAAAUAAUGAGAUCAUAGUUCCGCUUUAUGGUUCUUUGCUCAGUGCUUGCAGAAUCUAUAAAAAUGUUCAAAUGGGUGAGCGGGUGGCCGAACAGCUCGUGAAAAUUGAGUCAAGGGACUCUAGUGUUCACACGCUUCUCGCAAAUAUCUAUGCCUCUGCUGGUAGAUGGGUGGAUGUAAACAGGGUGAGACGGGAAAUGAAAGAUCUUGGAGUAAAAAAGGUACCUGGUUGUAGCUCAAUUGAGGUUGAUGGCAUAGUCCAUGAGUUUCUUGUUGGGAAUCCAUCUUGUUCAGAGAUGAGAGAAAUAUACUCCAUGUUGGAUAGGAUGGUGAAGCCAUUAUUCAAUUCAGAAGAGAAUGAAAUGGAAAGAGAAGAAACAGGUGCCAUGAACAGUUGCUGAAUUAAGUUUUGAACGAAAUAGUUAAACCAUUUCUGAUUUUUUCUUUUUCUUUUUAAUUUAUUUCGUUAUCUUUUUUACUUUUUUUUAUUGUUUUUUGAAUCAUUAGUGCUUGAGGAAUAAGGACUGAAGCAUGGAAGGCAAACCAUUAUGAACUGGCUAUUUGAAGAUGAAUAUGCUUUUAAAGUUGUUUCUACAAAUCUUGCUCAAGAUUAUUGGAGAAAAUGAGGUUGUUUAUAGCUCUUGGUACAUUCUAUAUCCGUCUUGUGAAGUGUGGAAUAUGUGGUUUAUGAAUCAAUAUAUUAUGGCCUGCAACUCUCAUGGGAUUCUUCUUGGACCUUGCUCGGCUACUCUGAUUCUGUCUGGGCGGCUAUCUCAACACUCAACAGUUGUUGAACUGGAUUUGAUGUUUAUCUUGGCUGUAAUUUGAUUUCAUGGUGCUCUCAAAUGCAAACUACUGUUGCCCGUUCUAGUGCUGAGGCCAAGUACCAUGCUCUUGCCUAUGUUGUUGCGGAACUCUUUUGGAUACUUAAACUUUUCAGACAACUCCAAAUCAGUCUUUCUUCUCCUCCCAGACUUUUAUGCCACAAAAACAAUGCUAUUUUCAUUGCUUCCAACUCGAUGACCAAAUCUCGCUCCAAAAAUAUUGAUAUUGACUAUCAUUUCAUUCAGGAACUUGUUGCUCAAAAGGUUAUUGGUCUCAGCUUUGUCACCUCACACCUCCAGCUGGUUAAUGUUUUCACAAAAGGGGUGGCCAGAUUACAGUUUUUAUUGGAUCGUGGCAAGUUGUGCCUUUUUCCACCACGCCAACUUUGAGGGGGAUAUUAGAGGUAAAUCAGAUUCUUCUGAUAAUAACCAAGAUAUCAGUGAUUCUCCAUGAUUGUAGCUAUUUUGUUUAUCUCUGUAUUUUCUGUCUAUAAAUGAAUAUUUCCUCGCACCGCAUAUUUCCUUUACACAGAACCUAGGGAGUUCCUUUUCCAUUUUGCUCUUGUAAAUACAAGCUUUGCGAGAUUUUCCUGGGCGUUGACAUUAUACCAUCCUUUCUUACAGCCUUUUGGAGUACCAAACAUUGUAAUCAAUGAUACACUUGAUUUUUGUGGUAAAUAUAAACAAUUGAUAGGUAUGCUUUCCUGUUGAAGGAAUUAUGACUACUAGUAUUUACCUUGGUUUGUGCAUUAAUAAGUAAUCUACUUAGUACAAGCAGCAUGUGUUCUCUUCUUCUCCAGGAUGUGUGUUUCAACUAGUUCGAGCUUUGAUGUUCUUUGAUAUAUGGAAGGUUCAUAAUUGUUAAGCAAAUAUGCACCCCACAAUCCUGAAUCUCUAUCACUGAACUGCAUUCUUCUUCCGUUGUCAAGCAUGUGCUGAGGGAGGAUUGUCUUGGCCAGAAUUAUUUCAUCUCCACGGUUUCUUCGUUUUUAUUCAUGCCCAGUUAUUUGUUCUUGUGGGUAGCUUGUCUAGUGUUUGUCAUUGAGGAAAAGCUUUUGAUUGCAGCGGUUGGAUUUUGCUUUGCAAAGCUGCAUAAACGAUACUUGAAAAGAAGGCGAUUCAUUUGCUUAUUUCCGGUUGGAUUAGGAUAUUCUCUUUAUUCAUUUAUCUGCUUCUCUUCUAGCUAA